GCCGGAGAAGGGAGAUGCCUGUGAAACGCAGCUCGGGAGGUGUUUUAUUAUUGUGUUAGUCGUAGUGGGUUGUCUUGUCCCCUGUGUGCGCGGAGGACAAUAAGAGUGGACUUGCUGGCUGUGGAUUGGGUUGCAUUUUUUCAGGGCUGGAGGAAGGAGUGACAGAUGAUCCAAACCCCCUCGCUUCCCCUGCUUCCCCUCCUUCCCUCAGGGCUCCUGGGGAGCUCACUGGCUUCUCUCUGGGGGGUCCUUCUCUCUGGGGGGUCCUUCUCUCUGGGGGGUCCUCAUCCGGGAGGACUCGCCAGGCUGCCUUACAGAGCGGUAACCGUACGUGUUUGCCUGGAGUUCGGAAACGUUGGCUUUUAAUAAGAGAAUUUAACAAGAAGCAGAAAUAGGAUCUCAGUCCCCAUCAGCUGGGUCCUCCACCGCUCGGCAUGCUGGGAGAGGAAUUAUGGAAGUCGGCUGCAGGCAGUGCCGCUCAGAAAAGAAAGCCAUUCGAUUUGCUGUUGAACGGAGGCGACUUCCUUUUAAGCCGAGUUAAGGCCGAGGCACAAGCAUUUCGUGAGCGCGUGCGGGGCCCACGCGCUGUGAUCUCGUCGGCCUCGGUCUUCCCCAGGAAUGGACGGUGCCGGGCCGUGCGGACGGUGGAAUUUGCCCGAACACUUCAGCCGAGGCGAACCAGGCAAGCGGCCGUCAAAGGAAUGAGGCGGAGCCCUGGCCCGUGCGGCUCCGUUGGUGAAUACCACGCAGCAAUAGAAGAGCAGCAGCGCGGACGUGUCUCAAGACCAUGUGAGCGGGAGCGGCCAGACACCAGGGUCCACGCGGAGUGGAUUCACGCCUUCGAAGUUCCAGGACAGGCGGCGCCUUUCCUAGGUCGCAAGUGGUCACCCUCGGAGGGGAGGCACCUCUGGAGAUGCCAGUGGCCCAGGCGUGGUCUCGGGCAGGCGAGCAGGUGCGCACCCCAAGGAGUCUCCGUCCUUGCCCGGGGCACCGGCGGGCGCAGUGUGGUUCACUGCCUCACUGCCGCCUCCCAAAAGCCUUGCGGGGGAGAGUGAAUAAUGACUCCCCC